AACACUUUAUCGUCGUAGCAGUAAUUUGUUAUUGUAAAGAUUGAGUUUUGGAUUAAAGGAGAAAAUGGACUCUUCGAUGGCUCAGAAAACAUGGGAACUAUUCAAUAAUAUUGAUUCUGUUCAAAGUAUAGACGAUGUUUAUAAAUAUAACAGAAAACAACAACAAGACAUCCUAACUGCUAAACCGUGGGAAAAAGACCCACAUUAUUUUAAGGACAUAAAGAUAUCCGCAUUAGCUCUUUUGAAAAUGGUAAUGCAUGCCAGAUCAGGUGGAACAUUGGAAGUGAUGGGUCUUCUACUUGGUAAAGUAGAUGCUAAUACUAUGAUUGUUAUGGAUUCAUUUGCAUUGCCUGUUGAGGGAACUGAAACUAGAGUUAAUGCCCAAGCUCAGGCUUAUGAAUAUAUGGCAGCAUAUACUGAAACUGCUAAACAGGCUGGACGUCUAGAAAAUGUCAUCGGUUGGUAUCAUAGUCAUCCAGGAUAUGGUUGCUGGUUAUCUGGUAUUGAUGUCAGUACACAAAUGUUAAAUCAACAAUUUCAGGAACCAUUUGUGGCUAUAGUAGUGAGUCCCUUGAAAAUGUUUUUGAUAUAUGGGAAGGGUUAUAAACCUCCAGAUGAAGGACCAUCUGAAUAUCAGACUAUUCCACUCAAUAAAAUUGAAGAUUUUGGUGUACACUGUAAACAGUAUUAUGCAUUAGAAGUUUCAUAUUUCAAGUCAAUUUUGGAUUGCAGACUCUUGGAUUCUCUGUGGAAUAAAUAUUGGGUUAAUACUCUUAGCUCAUCUAGUCUUCUCACGAAUGCUGACUAUACUACUGGCCAAGUGUUUGAUCUCUCGGAUAAAUUGGAGCAAUCCGAAUCACAGCUUGGACGGGGUGGAUUCGUCUUGGGAAUUGAUCCCCAUGAGAAGAGAAGUGAAGACAAAUUGGCCAAAGCUACAAAAGACAGUUGCAAGACAACCAUAGAGGCCAUUCAUGGUCUUAUGUCUCAAGUAAUCAAGGAUAGACUUUUUAAUCAGAUUAACUUUAAAUAAAAUUUAAAACUAUGUAUUAACAUUUGCUUUGUAUAAUUCAUUUAAAUAUGUAUGAUUAAAAUGUAAUUUAAUAUUAA